AUGUCUUCUUCAGUUCUUCUUAGUGGCACAGGAAAUGGGUCCACAGAAAGGUUUCCAGACUGUGAUGAACCCUACCCUCGCCUGGUAGAUCUGAAUUUAGCUGGAGAGCCAACUGAAGGAGCCCCAGUAGCAGUUCAAAGAGACUAUGGUUUCUGGUGUCCUCGAGAGUUAAAAAUUGAUCCUGAUCUGGGCUAUUCUUUUCUUCAUGUGCGUGAUUGUUCACCUCCUUGUCCAAAUAUGUACUUUAGACGAGAAGAACUUUCAUUUGCUCGAUAUUUUAUAGGAUUGAUUUCCAUCAUUUGCCUCUCUGCCACAUUGUUUACUUUUUUAACUUUUUUAAUUGAUGUUACAAGAUUCCGCUAUCCUGAAAGGCCUAUUAUUUUUUAUGCUGUCUGCUACAUGAUGGUGUCAUUAAUCUUCUUCAUUGGGUUUUUGCUUGAGGACCGAGUAGCCUGCAAUGCAUCUAGUCCUGCCCAGUACAAGGCUUCCACAGUGACACAAGGGUCUCACAAUAAAGCCUGCACUAUGCUUUUCAUGGUGCUCUACUUCUUUACCAUGGCUGGCAGUGUCUGGUGGGUCAUACUCACCAUCACAUGGUUUUUGGCAGCUGUGCCAAAGUGGGGAAGUGAAGCUAUUGAGAAGAAAGCAUUACUUUUUCACGCCAGUGCAUGGGGCAUUCCUGGAACUCUCACUAUCAUUCUUUUAGCUAUGAAUAAAAUUGAAGGUGACAAUAUCAGUGGCGUAUGUUUUGUUGGCCUCUACGAUGUUGAUGCAUUGAGAUAUUUUGUUCUGGCUCCCCUCUGCCUCUAUGUGGUAGUUGGGGUUUCUCUUCUAUUAGCUGGUAUUAUAUCCUUAAACAGGGUUCGCAUUGAGAUUCCAUUAGAAAAGGAAAAUCAAGACAAGUUGGUGAAGUUCAUGAUCCGGAUUGGUGUGUUCAGUAUUCUGUAUCUUGUACCACUCUUGGUUGUAAUUGGAUGCUAUUUUUAUGAGCAAGCCUACCGUGGCAUAUGGGAAACAACAUGGAUACAAGAACGCUGCAGAGAAUAUCACAUUCCGUGUCCCUAUCAGGUUACUCAAAUGAGUCGGCCAGACCUAAUUCUCUUUCUAAUGAAGUAUUUAAUGGCUCUCAUAGUUGGUAUUCCUUCCAUUUUUUGGGUCGGAAGCAAAAAGACAUGCUUUGAAUGGGCCAGCUUUUUUCAUGGACGCAGGAAAAAGGAGAUGGUAAAUGAGAGUCGCCAGGUACUUCAGGAACCUGAUUUUGCCCAGUCCCUUUUGAGGGAUCCCAACACUCCUAUUAUUCGAAAAUCAAGAGGAACCUCCACCCAGGGAACAUCCACUCACGCCUCUUCUACCCAGCUGGCUAUGGUGGAUGAUCAGAGGAGCAAAGCAGGGAGUGUCCACAGCAAAGUGAGCAGCUACCAUGGCAGUCUUCACAGGUCUCGGGACGGCAGGUACACUCCUUGCAGUUACAGAGGGAUGGAGGAGAGACUCCCUCAUGGCAGCAUGUCACGUCUAACGGAUCACUCCAGACACAGCAGUUCUCACCGGCUCAAUGAGCAGUCACGGCACAGCAGCGUCAGAGAUCUCACUAAUAACCCCAUGACUCACAUCACCCAUGGGACCAGCAUGAAUCGGGUUAUUGAAGAAGAUGGAACCAGUGCUUGA